UCUCUCAUUAUUACGGCCUCCGUUGUUCCUUAUCUCUUCUUCAAUCCUAGCCCCCUCCUGUUUCCUCCAUUAGACCUUCCACCAAUAUCCCCGCUUCCUUCUCUCUCCUUCUUCCAUCUUUUUUAUUUUAAAACUCGACUCUAGAUUCCAUCAAAAUCCAAACCCCAAUUCCGUAAUCACUUUGCUUUCUUCCAUGACCAAUUUCUAACCUUGGUUUCGACACCUUUUUUCAUUCGCCUUCACCACCAGCACACACAAAAUGAAGAGAGAUCACCGGGAAAUCUCCGGAGCCACUGACUACAGCAGUGGGAGUGGCUCUAGGGUCGACAGUUCAAGCAUUGGUAAUUCCGUCAAAGGAAAAUUAUGGGAAGAAGAUCAAGACGCCGGCGGCAUGGACGAGCUGUUGGCCGUUUUGGGUUACAAAGUUCGGUCUUCCGACAUGGCCGAUGUGGCUCAGAAAUUGGAAAUAUUGGAGAUGGUUAUGGGAACUGCACAAGAAGAUGGGGUUUCUCAUCUUUCUUCCGACGCCGUUCAUUACAAUCCUUCAGAUCUUUCUGGUUGGGUUCAAAGCAUGUUGACUGAGUUUAAUGGUCCACCAACCCCGAAUCUCGAUUCCGUUCUGGCGAAUUCCGAUUCCAAUUCUUCAAACCCACAACACCAGCAACCAAAUCAAUCUCGGGUUUUCAUCGAUGAUUCCGAGUACGAUCUCAGGGCAAUCCCGGGGGUUGCUGCUUAUCCACCUCCGAUAUCAUACCCGGAUCCGGAAAGUACCCGGAAACGGGUCAAAACUUCGAUGAGUUCAUCUGGAUCCGAUGGAUAUGGCUCAGGUUCAUCUUUUUCGUCACCUCAGGAGAAUGGAAUUCCAGGUGCUGUAACUGAGUCAUCAACUCGUCCCGUUUUGUUGGUUGACUCGCAGGAAACCGGGGUUCGACUCGUUCACACCUUGAUGGCUUGUGCGGAAGCUGUCCAGCAAGAUAAUCUCAAGCUCGCCGAUGCACUAGUGAAGCAUAUAGGCUUACUAGCGGCGUCUCAAACUGGUGCGAUGAGAAAAGUUGCUACUUAUUUUGCCGAAGCUUUAGCUCGCAGAAUCUACAGGAUUUUCCCGCAAGAUUCUCUCGAUCCAUCGUACACCGAUAUUCUGCAGAUGCAUUUCUAUGAAAUUUGCCCAUAUUUGAAAUUCGCUCAUUUUACAGCCAAUCAAGCUAUCCUGGAAGCUUUCGCCACGGCUAACAGGGUUCACGUUAUCGAUUUCGGAUUAAAACAGGGGAUGCAAUGGCCGGCUCUAAUGCAAGCACUUGCAUUAAGGCCUGGUGGGCCGCCGGCUUUUCGAUUGACCGGAAUCGGCCCGCCUGAGCCGGAUAACACCGAUGCUUUGCAGCAAGUAGGGUGGAAAUUAGCUCAAUUGGCGGAAACUAUUGGUAUCGAAUUCGAGUUUAGGGGUUUUGGGGCCAAUAGUUUGGCAGAUCUCGAGCCCGAAAUGCUCGAUUUACGCCCUCCCGAGGUGGAGGUAGUGGCGGUUAAUUCAGUUUUCGAGCUUCACCGCCUGCUAGCUCGGCCGGGUGGGAUCGAGAAAGUUGUUUCUUCAAUCAAAGCAAUGAAGCCCAAAAUUCUUACGGUUGUAGAACAAGAAGCUAAUCUCAACGGUCCGGUUUUCUUAGACAGGUUUACGGAGGCUCUACAUUAUUACUCAAGUCUUUUUGACUCGUUGGAAGGCUCAGGGGUGGCGCCACCGAGUCAAGACCUGGCUAUGUCCGAGUUGUAUCUAGGAAGACAGAUUUGCAACGUGGUAGCUUGCGAAGGGAUGGGCCGAGUUGAACGAUACGAGACGUUGAGUCAGUGGAGGACACGGAUGGAAAUGGUCGGGUUCAGCCCCGUGCACUUGGGUUGUAAUGCUUAUAAACAAGCUAGCAUGUUGCUGGCCCUCUUGGCCGGCUGUGAUGGGCAUAGAGUGGAGGAGAACAAAGGAUGUCUAAUGCUUGGGUGGCAUACAAAGCCUCUUAUCGCCACCUCGGCUUGGCGACUCGCCACAACUGAGACAGGGAAAUGACUCAGGAAUUGUUGAAAGGGGAAAUGGGGUGUGUGUAUUAACCGAGUUGCAGAGAGUGUACGAGUGAAUGGAAGAUGAGGGUAAAUUAAAAAAGAAGUCCAAGUGUGUAAUUCUACUGCUACUACUACUACUUUUUGCCGUUGUUGAAAAUAGGGUGUAAUUUUUCUCUCCAUCGUUCUGUAAUUUUCAAGGUUGGAUCUAAAUAUAUAUCCUUUGUUGUUUAUUA